AUGGCCAAAGUUGAUAUGAAUGGCCGGUCUUGGCGUGUGAUCGCAGGGUACUGCAAAAUUGAUGAUGAGGGCUGCAUCACCAACGGCAACUACCCGAACGCCGACACGACUGCUUGUGGAAUCUUUGUCGAUGAGUCGAACAAGCGACGCCUCUUCUGGGACGCAAGACCGCUCUCGUCUCCCCUACUGAUCAAUGGAGAAGAACGUUAUGGAGACUUGAGUUCUUUCACCGGGCUUCAGCCGGAAGGCUUCAUUCUUCGGCGAGAAGGGGCAGUUGCCGAUUCUUUCAAGGUGUGCCUUGAGGACCCUGAGGCUUGGCUUCCCGAGCAGGGGUGGUUUCAGGUCCUGGCGACAGGCGGCAUAGUGGGAAGCUGCUUUUGCCUCUGCAGUUGCUGUCUGAGCCGCUAUCUCUGGAAAUCUUGGCGACAGGCCGCCAGACGAAAGAAGGAUGCAGAGCUCUACCCAAAGUGGUACCCCUACUACCGACACGCAAUGUACUCAAUCAUCCAAUCCGCUUUCGAUGAAGGUGCGGAAGGAGUCAAGAUGCUGACCCUAAACCAACCCACCAAACCGGGGCGUGCUUAUCUCUUUCAAGCGGCUACGGAGAUACAGGAAGACCUGUCGAAAGCGUUUGAAUCCAAAAAGCACCCCUUCUACGUUGCCGGGAAGAGAGUCUUGAACUUCACAGACAUCAACUUUGAAAUGGGAAACGAACUGAAACAUCUGAGCAAAGAGAUCAAGGAACUAUCGGCAGACAGGUGGGCCGUCAUCAUUGCUGCAUGCGACGUGAAGGAUGUCGGUGAGGUGAAGAGGGUGGUUCGGGCACACAACACAGCAAAAGAACUCCAAGAAUCUCACGGGCGCGCAAAAUUUGCUUUCAUGCCGCUUUUCGAAGCUCCGCCCACGCGCGAGAGCGAGGGCAUCAAGCAGUACGAGUGGUAUUCGUUCUACCGCUUCUCGGUGAUGGCCAAAAUGCAGAUUGCUGUGGACGAGGGGGCCACCAGACUGAAGCUGUUGGGCAUCCAGCCAGGCGUGGGCAAUACCAUGACGUUGGGUGAGUAUCCCGCUCUGUAUCAGGAUCUGAAUGAAGCACUCAAGAAUCGCGAGUACCCCUUCAUUGAUGUAGAUGGCAAAAAGUUGCUUUUGGAAGCAGAAGGCUUCACCAUGAAGCGCGUCCGUCUUCAGGACUUUCGUCCUGAAAGCUUCUUGGACGAGCACACCGAAGACCUGUGUUCUGUGAUAAUUGUUUCAGCAACCGACGCGGAUGGAAGGGAAGCCGCCGAAGUCUUGAAAGCAUUUCAAAAUCGACAUAAAGGUGCACGCCAGGUGAUGCGCGCUUGGGCCACCGCCGAAGACCAGUACGGAGACCCACACGGAGACCACGGCUCGCAGGGCCAUCCUCCGUUGCGUGGGAGAACUGGCAAAGCCACGACCUCCACACAGGACUUCACCAACGUGUUGUGCAGCUUGCCGACGGAGGAGGAGGAGCACCCAGAAGGGCGGACGUGCCAGCUCGAAUCCUUGGAUCACGGGCUAGCUGCGAGGGCACGGAAGCGGGAGGAUGCCACGAGCUGUUGCUGGCCGGCCAACUCCGAAGGAGAGGUCUGCAAACCUCGUGGCCUCCGCGAGGCCGUGAAGGCUUCGCAUGCUUCGCGCGAUGAGGAUGACAGCCACUUCGCAGAGAUCUUGGAGCCAGACUUGCAGGAUCGCAGCAGGGGAGAGGCUGUCUACUGCGGCAAUCUCCUGUGCAGCCCACCGUGA